CCAGCUCCAUAUAGUCUGCAAACCAAACGUUGCCAUCGACACGGAGCGAGCACCCGGUCGCGAUCCGCUCCUCAUCGCAUUGUAUCCCUUGCCGCCAUGGCGACGACCGCCGCUCUCCCCGAGCAACUCGUUUAUUUGAUUAUUCGUUUCGCGUCAUCUAUACCAGAUCUUCCGCUUGCCAUACCCAUACCCAGCAUAACCACCACUAUUUCGCUGAAACAACUCAUCCGACCACACCUACCCUUUAGCAAUGCAUCCGCACGACUACGCCUGAUAUAUGCUGGCAAGGUGCUGUCGGAUGCCACGCCGCUGUCAAUAUCACUCCGUUUACCACCGCCUCCACCGCCUCCGCCGCCGCGAGACGCAGCGUAUGACGAGCAGGGGUCAGGCAACAAAGGCAAAGGAAAACAGCCUGUACAGGACAGUGAGCCGGUGGCAGCCAGAGCAGAAAUACCCCCCGACGCAAAAAAAUACUAUGUGCAUUGCUCUCUAGGAGAUGCUCUUACUCCGUCCGAACUCGGGUCGGAAGUGACACUGGCGCAAACCACAGAAGCGUCACUUCGAUCGCAAUUCCAUUCCGCCUCGGCACACCGCCCAAGAAGCAACACAGUCAUUAGUCGCGAUGGCACCAAGCGACGGAGAUGGUCCGCUGCUGCGGGAACACCGGGAACCGCUCCUGAGCCGCAAGGCUUUGAUCGUCUUCUUAGCUCCGGCUUCACUGCUCAAGAAGUAGCCUCGCUGCGCUCCCAUUUUCAGACCAAUCUGUCCUAUACCCAUACGCCUGAUACCAUGCCCUCGGCGGCUGAGAUGCGCGCGCUGGAAGACCGGUGGCUUGACUCGGAUGCUACAGAUCCUUCGCCUGCAAUCACGGGUGAAGGAGGUGAAGCAGGAUGGGGUGCGGGGUUCGCGGUAGAAGAAGGAGGUCUGGACGAUAUGCUCUGGGGGUAUUUGACGGGGUUCUUCUGGCCGCUCGGGGCAUUGAUAUGGGGAUUCAGAGAAGAGGGGAUUUGGCCGAGACGACGGCAGUUGGCGGUCGCUAUGGGUGUGUUGCUCAAUGCUGCGUUUGGAUUCAUGAGGUGGAGUCAGUGA